GAGGGAUUUUCCCUGGCCUGUGAUAACGUACUAUGGAUCACAUGGUACGUUUCUGUCUAUCAGCAGCUCAUUUAACUGUGUGCCCUUUAUCCUCAAGCAGUGCUGAAGCAGAUUGAGAGUGAUGUGUUCCUGCAAGCAAUGCAAUCAGAAUCAUUAGCAUACGUUUUACUUCCAUCUUUUAACUUUCCAUGCCAUUUGUCUUGUGUUAAUUAAUUUUCCCUUACUGAUUUAGCUAGGUAACAGAACAGCUGUCUUGCAAAAGCCAAGGAUAUUAGAAGACAAUGUAAAAGUGCCAAGCAGAAUAUCUAUUCUAAAAUAGUUGUGUUUUUGUUUUACAGAUGGGCUGGUCACUUCUUUGUAAAUUAAUAGAAAUUUGUCCAAGUACUCUACAAAACAUAGCUCCUAAGGAUGUUGGGAAGGACUGGGAAGUACUGGGUGUUCACCAGCAGAUUCUUAAAAUGCUUACAGUUCACAAAGGAAAUAAAAGUCUUUCAGUAAUAGGACUAAAAGCAUUAAAUCUACUCCUCAUGUCAGACAUAAUUGCUUUCCUGCUCUUGGAAGAAGAGGUGGAUGUGUUCUCAUUGGUAUUUAAUGCCAUGCACACCUUCCCUAAAAAUGAAGAGAUCCAACAGCAUGGAUGUAAAGUAUUACACAAACUUUUUGAGAAAGUUCCAGAAGAGCAGCUGACUGAAUUUGUUGAAAGCAAAGAUCACAUGAUCAUACUGAACGUAUUUAAAGAGUUUCCAGAGAAAGAAGAGGUGAUUCUUCCUGCUCUUCAUUCAUUACAUUCCUUAGCUGGUCCACCCAGCAAUGUUGAAGUGCUCAUGUCGGGAAAUGUUCGCUGCUACAAUGUUAUAGUGGAAAUGAUGAAAAGUUUCCCCAGUCGUGAAACAGUUCAGGAAGUGAGUUGCUGUUUGUUGCACAAGCUUACAUUGGGAAAUUUUUUCAAUAUCCUUGUAUUACAUAAGGUUCCAGAAGUCAUUGUGAAGGCUGUUACAGCAUAUCCUGAAAAUGCAAAGUUACAAGCUGCCGCUCUCAGUUGUUUAGCUCUUCUAACUGAAACAAUAUUCUUAAACCGGGACUUAGAGGAAAGAAAAGAAGAGGAGGAGGAAGAAAAGUUAUGCUGGUUGGAAGCAUGUUACAGAGCAUUAGAACUGCACCGAAAAAAUACAGAUGUGCUGGAAGCUGCAUGCUGGGCUUUGAAAAGUCUGUUUCUGUAUCAACGCAACCUUCAUGAGAAGAUUGGAGAUGGAGAUAAUCAGUUCCCAAUAGACAGAGCAGUGAUGCUUUCCAUGUUGAUGCACUCCUCUUCAAAAGAAGUGUUUCAGGCAGCUUCUAGUACCUUGGCAAUUUUGUCACAACAAAAUGUAAAUAUUAGGAAGACACUUCUGGCAAAAGGCAUACAUAUGAAUGUCUUGGAUAUAAUGAGGAAGCAUCCACAUUCUCCUGAAGUGGUUGAAAGUGCCUGCAGGCUUCUGAAUCAUGUUUUUGAAGGAAGUUUCCCUCAUCUGGAUGUAAUGACUGUGGCAGUAUCAGAAGUUGUAAAAGCCAUGAGAAAAUAUGAAAAAUCACUCUCUGUACAACUGGAAGCAUUUCGAGUCCUUUUACACUUCAUGAUGCCCAAUACAAAGAAUGAACACCAGAAUGGUUCUUCCAGAGAUGUGGGAGAUGCUGCUUUUGCGCUUACAGGAAAAGUCAUUAAAAGCCAGUGUCUAUUGGAAGGAACUCACUCAUUGGUGCUUAAUGCUUUAAACAGGUUUAUUGGAAAUCCUAGCAUUCAGAAGUGUGGAUUAAAACUACUUGGUUCUGUAGCUGAGUGCACUGGUGCAUUAGAAAUUUUAACCCAGCAAGGAGCUACUGACACUGUGCUUCACACCCUGCAGAUGUAUCCAGAUGAACAAGAUAUACAGUGUUUGGGUUUGAGUCUUCUGCGCUCUUUGAUUACAAGGAAGAGUUUGUGUAUUGCAACUAUGCAUGUCCUGUCAGCAGUUCUGGUUUCUACUCUGCGACGAUUUAAAGAAGUCACUGAAAUCCAGAUGCAUGGUUUUCAUGCAAUCUUGGCGAUUCUUGGUUUGUCACCUUGUUUUGCAAAGCUGCUGGUAAAUGAAUCAUUUGAUACAAUCAUUUUUUACCAGAUGUCUAUGUGUUUCACUGACCAGCGAGAUCAACAGUUCCAAAGCCUGUGUUGUAAAUGUUUUGCUAAAAUAGCUGAAAAUGAUGAUUUAAAAAAUAUGAUGCUGGAAAAAGCAUGUAUGGAGUAUAACAGUAUUAUGGCUGAAUGUUUACUUCUACUGGGAGCUGAUAUUAAUAGGAAGACAAAGACAAACUCUUUGAUCUAUCAGGUUUGUGAGAAAGGAAAUAAUCCUAAACUGGUGGAAUUGUUAUUAGCCAAUGGUGCUCGAGAACAGGAUGUUCGGAGUGCUUUGACCAUCAGUAUAAAGAGAGGAGAUAGCCAAAUCAUCAGCUUGCUCUUAAAGAAGCUUAGCCUUGAUGUCACCAACAGCAGUAUAUGUCUUGGAGGAUUUGGUUUUGGCAGAUUAGAGCCUUCCUGGCUCAUUCCUUUGUUUCCAGAUAAACUUACUCAAACAAGAAAACAGAGUGCAGGUUCUGCACUGGCAAGGAUGGUGCUCAAAUUCCAGAUGAAAAACAUUUCAGAGGAUAGAUCAAGAGCCUCCUCUGAUCCAAAUUUGUCUGAAGAUGGAGUGGAUAGAAAUUACGAUUGGAAUUUCAUACCUGACCCAUUAGUGGACAGUAUUUUUCCUUUGACUGAUGACAUUGAUAGUGAAGGAAGUGAAGGUUCCCUUUUCACAAAAAAGAAGUCCAAUUCCAUUGCAGUUGCCGAUUUAUACUGUAGAGAAAUGGCAUGUCAGAGAGGUUCUCCUACUUUGCUGCGACAUUCCUACUCUGUGGGACCUGGCUCAGAUUAUGAACCAUUAAUGAAACAAAGACGAAAAUUCUUGCUCUCAGAUGAAUCCCCCAAAGGCGUCUCGAAAUUGUCAUCACAUAUAAGACCAUCAGACAGUCUUUCUUCAUUGAUCUCAGAGAAAGAAUAUAUUAAAUCACUAGAUCUUUCAUCAAAUGAGCUGGAGAACAUUGAUGCCAUCAGCCAGAAUAGCUGCUUAACUAGUCAUCUGGAACACCUUGAGAAACUGGAGCUCCACCAAAAUGCUCUUACAAACAUUCCAGAACAACUGUGUGAAAACUUGAAAUGCUUGACUUACUUGGAUUUGCACAGUAACCGAUUUAGUUCUUUCCCAAGUUACUUACUGAAAAUGAAUUGUAUUGCAAAUCUCGAUAUCUCGCGAAAUGACAUUGGACCUUCCUUUGCUUUGGAUCCUUGCCUCAGAUGUCCAACUCUAAAGCAACUUAAUCUUUCAUACAAUCAGCUGGUGUGCACUCCUGAAUUUCUUACAAGUGUUGCUGAGAAUCUGGAACAGCUCUUGCUGGAAGGAAACAAAAUUUCAUGCUUAUGUUCACCUCUAUGCUUGAAAGACCUGAAGAUUUUAAACAUUAGCAAGAACAGUAUUUCAUCCCUUGCUGAGAAUGUUUUCAUGGGCUGUACAAAACUGGAGCAGCUCAAUGCCAGGAUGAAUGUUCUUGAAAAAAUACCUGACUUGUCAUCCAGCAUAACAAGCUUAAAAUUAUCCCAGAAUUGUUUUAAUAAUGUUCCAGAAGCAAUUCUUCUUCUACCACAUUUGCGGUCAGUGGAUUUAAGCCAAAACAAGAUCGUAAGCCUGCCAGGACCAAUGCACUGGAAAUCACUAAAUUUAAGGGAGCUGUUAUUUAAUCAUAAUCAAAUAGAUGUCUUGGACUUGAGUGAAAAGGCAUGUGCAUGGUCUAGGCUAGAAAAGCUACACCUCUCCCACAACAAGUUAAAGGAGAUUCCUCCUCAGAUUGGCUUCCUAGAGAAUUUGACUUCUCUGGAUGUAAGUCAUAAUCCUGAUCUGAGAUUCUUUCCUGAUGAAAUGGGAAGACUGUCCAAAGUCUGGGAUCUUCCUUUGGAAGGACUCCAUCUUAAUUUAGACUUCAAGCAUGUGGGAUGCAAAGCCAGAGACAUUAUCAGAUUUCUUCAACAACGACUGAAGAAGGCUGUGCCUUAUAACAGAAUGAAGCUCAUGAUUGUUGGAAACACUGGCAGUGGGAAAACUACCCUGCUCCAACAACUAAUGAAAAGCAAACGAACAGAAUUGGGCUCUCCAAAAGCGACAGUAGGCAUUGAUGUAAAAGACUGGAUCAUUCAAGGGAAAGGCAAAAUGAAGAAGGAGCUUAUAUUAAAUGUGUGGGACUUUGGAGGACAAGAAGAGUUCUACAGUACCCAUCCUCAUUUCAUGACCCAGAGGGCUUUAUAUCUUGCUGUUUAUGAUCUCAGCAAAGGACAAGCAGAGGUGGAUGCUAUGAAGCCAUGGCUUUUUAACAUCAAGGCUCGAGCAUCAACAUCCCCUGUCAUCCUUGUUGGCACUCAUUUGGAUGUUUCUGAUGAAAUACAACGUAAGGCCUGCAUGAGUAAAAUUACUAGAGAGCUGUUGAACAAGCGAGGCUUCCCAGCAAUCCAGGACUACCACUUUGUCAAUGCUACGGAGGAAUCUGAUUCCAUUAUCAGACUUCGGAAAAUCAUCAUAAAGGAGAGUCUUCACUUCAAGAUCAGAGAUCAACCAGUAGUUGGUCAGCUAAUUCCUGACAGCUACCUGGAGCUGGAAAAGAGAAUUUUGCUGGAACGUAAAAAUGUCCCAGGGGAAUUUCCUGUAAUUGAUCAGAAACGUUUGCUGGAACUGGUUCAGGAAGGCCAGUUACAGCUGGAUGAAAAUGAACUCCCUCAUGCAAUUCACUUUCUGAAUGAAUCAGGUGUUCUUCUUCAUUUCCAAGACCCAGCACUACAGCUAAGAGAUCUGUAUUUCGUAGAUCCAAAGUGGCUGUGUAAAAUCAUGGCACAGAUUCUGAUGGUGAAAGUUGAAGGCUCUUCUAAAUACCCUAAGGGAAUUGUAAAGCGUUCAGAUGUGGAAAAAUUCCUUUUGAAGAAGAGCAAGUUCCCUAAAAUCUAUAUGUCACAGUAUUUUAAACUUCUGGAAAAAUUUCAGAUUGCUUUGCCAUUAGGAGAGGACCAACUACUAAUCCCAAGCAGUUUGUCUGAUCACAGACCUGUUAUAGAGCUUCCCCACUGUGAAAAUUCAGAAAUUAUCAUCAGACUUUAUGAGAUGCCAUACUUUCCUAUGGGAUUUUGGUCCAGGCUGAUCAACAGGUUGCUUGAGAUAUCACCUUACAUGCUAUCAGGAAGAGAGCGAGCUCUUCGUCCUAACAGAAUGUACUGGAGACAAGGCAUCUACUUGAACUGGUCUCCUGAAGCUUAUUGUCUGGUGGAAUCAGCAGUAUUUGACAACAACCCAGACAGUUUUUUGAAAAUUACAGCACCUUCUUGCAGAAAAGGGUGCAUUCUUUUGGGGCAAGUUGUGGAUCACAUAGAUUCUCUUAUGGAAGAAUGGUUUCCAGGUUUGUUGGAAAUAGAUGUGUGUGGUGAAGGGGAAACAUUGUUGAAGAAAUGGGCCCUGUACAGCUUUCAAGAUGGUGAAGAACACCAAAAAAUACUGCUUGAUGACUUGCUUAGGAAGGCUGAAGAAGGUGACCUUUUGGUAAAUCCAGACCAACCAAGACAGACCAUUCCAAUUGCUCAGAUUGCUCCUGAUCUGAUACUGGCUGAUUUGCCUAGAAAUAUUAUGUUGAACAAUGAUGACCUGGAAUUUGAUGAAGCUCCUGAAUUUCUCUUAGGUGAUGGUGGGUUUGGAUCUGUGUACCGUGCAUCCUAUGGUGGUGAAGAGGUUGCUGUAAAGAUUUUCAAUAAACAUACUUCCCUCAGGCUCCUAAGACAAGAGCUUGCAGUGCUUUGUCACCUUCACCACCCCAGUUUAGUGUCUUUGCUGGCUGCCGCAAUCCGUCCCCGGAUGCUGGUGAUGGAAUUGGCCCUCAAAGGAUCUCUUGAUCGUUUGCUUCAACAAGACAAUGCAAGUUUAACUAGAACACUUCAGCACAGGAUAGCUCUACAUGUAGCAGAUGGCUUAAGGUACCUGCAUUCAGCAAUGAUUAUCUACCGUGAUUUAAAGCCUCACAAUGUGUUGCUCUUUACCUUAUAUCCCAACUCAGCUGUUAUUGCAAAAAUAGCUGACUAUGGCAUUGCCCAGUAUUGUUGCCGAAUGGGAAUAAAAACCUCCGAAGGCACACCAGGAUUUCGAGCGCCAGAGGUUGCCAGAGGAAAUGUUAUUUACAAUCAGCAAGCUGAUGUUUAUUCAUUUGGCUUGCUGCUUUAUGACAUUUUAACAGGAGGAGGUAGAAUAAUGGAAGGCUUGAAGUUUCCAAAUGAAUUUGAUGAACUAGCAAUACAAGGAAAAUUACCAGAUCCUGUCAAAGAAUAUGGGUGUUCUCCCUGGCCUGAAGUUGAAAAUUUAAUUAAAAAGUGUUUGAAGGAAAACCCUCAGGAACGACCAACAUCUUGCCAGGUUUAUGAGAUCCUGAAUUCUGCAGAGCUUAUCUGUUUGAUGAGGUAUGUUUCAAUACCCAGCACAUCUACAGCAGAGUGCAUGGUGGCUGCCAAUCAAAGCUGCAAGAAGGCAGGAGUCUGGAUAGGCAAUGGGAACACAGAAAAGGCACAGCUUUCAUUUGUUAACCUGAACACAGAUGGACAUACUUGUGAGGAUAUUGCAGACAGUAAAAUUAUAAGUUUGGCCUUAGUGACGCUUCCUACUGAGAAAGAAAACUGGAUUGUAGCAGGAACCCAGUCUGGUUCUCUGUGGGCAGUUAACACAGAAGAUGAAACAAGAAGGCAUCGUCUGCAGAAAAUGUCAGAUUCUAUCACUUGUUUAUACUGCAAUUCUCUUUCAAAGCAAAGCAAACAGAGGAAUUUCUUCUUGGUAGGCACAGCUGAUGGCAGGCUGGCAGUUUUUGAAGACAGAGCAGUAAAGUGUAAGGGUGCAACACCUUUGAAGAUAUUGACUAUAGGGAAUGUUAGCACACCCCUGAUGUGCUUAAAUGAAUCCUCAUGCUUAUCUGAAAAAAACAUAAUCUGGGGAGGCUGUGGAACAAAAAUCAUUGCCUUAACCAGUGACUUCUCUGUUCAAAAGCUCAUUGAAACAAAGACAAGUCAACUGUUCUGUCAUAAUGCUUACAGUGAUGCAAACAUUAUUUCAAUAGCAAUAGACAAAUCCAUCUACUUGGCAAAGAAAAACAGCCAUUUUGUGGAAAUCUGGGACAAGAAGACAGAAAAACUUUCUGAAUUAAUUGACUGUGCACAUUUUCUUAAGAACAAAGUGGAAAAAUUAAAUAAGGAAUCAAAACAUAAACUGGCUUAUUCUGGAAGAGUGAAGACCAUUUGUCUUCAGAAAAAUACUGCACUGUGGAUAGGGACAGGAGGAGGACAUAUCUUGCUGCUUGAUUUGUCAACACGUCGUCCUGUACGAGUCAUAGACAAGUUCUGUGAUUCUGUUCGAGUCAUGAUAACAGCUCAGCUGGGGAGUCUCAAGAAUGUGGUCCUUGUUUUGGGAUACUGCUAUAAAAGUGACACCGAAGACAACAAAUAUCACAAAGAGUUACAAUCCUGCGUGUCAGUGUGGGACAUUAACCUGCCCCAUGAAGUGCAAAACUUGAAAAAGCACAUAGAAAUUAGACAGGAAUUAGCAGAAAAAAUGAAAAGCUUUUCUUUGGACUGAAGAUUCACCCUGCAAGUGUCAUUUGUUUAUCUGGUCUUCUAUAUUAACAAGCUGUGCAAUAUUUACAACUUCUUCUUCCUGUUGUGUUUGAACUAAAGCAGGAAGAAAAUUACCAUGAGAGUAUUCACAGGAUACAAAGAAGAAAGAAGUUAAUUGUAAUAUUUCAAAGGACAGAAAACUGUUGAGAAUUUCUGAUUCUAAAAUGGUAUGAUGUAUCUGUUGUUUACCUGUGAAGUUCUGCUCUCUGCAGCUAUGGCUCAACUUCAGUAUAACGUUGUUCAUCCAGUUUUUGAUCCCA